AUGAAGCUCUCACUCCCGCGACUUGCGGCCCGGCAAGGCCUCGGAGAACCCUUAUCGCAUGGAUUUUCUCCUAUUAAAUCGUUCCACUCCUCCAUCCAAUGCUCAUCCACGCCAUACUCCCCGCAACACCACCUCCGGCGCUCCCAGCGACAUAUCAGCCAUGCCGCAGCUUCGCUCAAACAAGAAAGCCCAAAUAGCGAGCUCUCUCCCUCCCAAAAAUCUCACGGCACCGCUACAUCCCAAACCCCAAUUCAACCCUCCCCCGCCUCAUUAAUAUCAGAACAAGUCCGCCUCCUCAUGCGCCGCGUCCCCUACCCCGUCGCCAUCAUCACAUCCACCGAUCCAACCGGUCCCGCAGAUACCUCCUCCUUCCGUGGAAUGACCGUCUCCUCCUUUAACACAGUAACACUCACACCGGAGCCGGUAAUAUCAUUCAACGUCCGCCGGCCCUCAGAAACACUCAAUGCGCUACUAGCCUCGGGCCGGUUCCUCGUGCAUCUCCUCGCGCCGAGUCCCGCUACAGCAACUCUGGCGAGAGAUUUCUCCAAGGGCAACACCACCCUAGCGUCAAUGUUGAGUGGACAUGAGGAAUUUGAGUUCGGUGCUUUGAGUGCUGAGCAGAGCUCGGCUGGAGAAGACGAGAGGCCUCUUCCUAUUUUGAGGCGGCGGGGUUCAGACGAGGCUAAUCGGUUGGAUUUCCCGUUCGUGUUUGAGUGCAGGCUUCAUCCGCAGAAGAUUGACGUGCAUGAUCACUCGAUUGUGCUUGGUACGGUCUUGCGAGCCGUUGAGGGCUCCGGGAAUAUAAUCUCCGGCCAAAGCUGUGCAGGGGAUGAGCAUUCGCCGGAGCGCUUGUGUCUCACCUAUGCUAAUACUAAAUUCUGGAAGAUGGGUGGUGAGAUUUAA